CCGGACGCGCAAGUGGGUCCCGGGCGCACGCUCCGGACGGAGCCCCGGGAGCGGCCGCGACCGAGACGGUGACGCUCAGGCCCGCGGCGGGGGCGCGGGCCGGGGGCUCCGGGGGCGUCGGGGACGCGCUGACCAGCCUCGCCCGCCCCACCCCGCAGAGACAAGAUGGUGAAGGAGACCCAGUACUAUGACAUCCUGGGGGUGAAGCCCAGCGCGUCCCCGGAGGAGAUCAAGAAGGCCUAUAGGAAGCUGGCGCUCAAGUACCACCCGGACAAGAACCCGGAUGAGGGCGAGAAGUUUAAACUUAUAUCCCAGGCAUAUGAAGUGCUUUCAGAUCCAAAGAAAAGAGACAUCUAUGAUCAAGGUGGAGAACAGGCAAUUAAAGAAGGUGGCUCGGGUAGCCCCAGCUUCUCUUCACCCAUGGAUAUCUUUGACAUGUUCUUUGGUGGUGGUGGACGGAUGGCUAGAGAGAGAAGAGGCAAGAAUGUUGUACACCAGCUGUCAGUAACGCUGGAAGACUUAUAUAAUGGAGUCACUAAGAAACUGGCCCUCCAGAAAAAUAUAAUUUGUGAGAAAUGUGAAGGCAUUGGUGGGAAGAAGGGGUCCGUGGAGAAGUGCCCUAUGUGCAAGGGGCGGGGCAUGCAGAUCCAUAUCCAGCAGAUUGGGCCGGGCAUGGUGCAGCAAAUCCAGACUGUGUGCAUCGAGUGCAAGGGCCAGGGCGAGCGCAUCAACCCCAAGGACCGUUGCGAGAACUGCAGCGGUGCCAAAGUUGUCCGGGAGAAGAAGAUUAUCGAGGUACACGUGGAGAAAGGUAUGAAGGAUGGGCAAAAGAUACUGUUUCAUGGAGAAGGAGAUCAGGAGCCUGAGCUGGAGCCUGGUGAUGUCAUAAUUGUGCUUGAUCAGAAGGAUCAUAGUGUCUUUCAGAGACGAGGCCAUGAUUUGAUCAUGAAAAUGAAAAUUCAGCUUUCUGAAGCUCUUUGUGGCUUCAAGAAGACAAUAAAAACGCUGGAUGAUCGAGUCCUCAUUAUUACAUCCAAGUCAGGUGAGGUGAUAAAGCAUGGAGACCUGAAAUGUGUGCGCAACGAGGGAAUGCCCAUUUACAAAGCUCCCCUGGAGAAAGGGAUGCUCAUCAUACAGUUUUUAGUUGUUUUCCCUGACAAACACUGGCUUUCUCAGGAGAAGUUAUCUCAGCUGGAGGCUCUGCUUCCCCCUAGGCAGAAGGUGAGGAUCACGGAUGACAUGGAUCAGGUGGAACUGAAGGAGUUCAAUCCCAACGAGCAGAACUGGCGCCAACACAGGGAGGCGUAUGAAGAGGAUGACGAUGGGCCCCGUGCUGGUGUGCAAUGCCAGACAGCAUGAUGGCACCAUGUAGCAUGGCCUGGUCGGACUAGUACAUGAUGAAUGUAAACUUGGCACAAUGAAAAUGGCAUCGCUUUAAUAGCCUCGUGUUUGGGGUGUCCUGUGUGUUCAGCAGUCUCCAUUGCUGAGUUGUCUUUGGGGUUUUCUUGUUUCUCUUCUGGUUGUAACUUAAGUUACAGCUUGAUUUAUAUUUAAAUGUUUUAAGUUCAAUCAUGUCUAGUCUGCAUAUGGAAUCUGUUCAUUUGUACUUUCAGGACAUACUCUGGAGAUGCUAGUACCACACUGACCCUUUGUGCUUCUUAGUGGCUUCGCCAUGGUUCAGUUCCACAUUAGGCCCAGGUAGCCACACUUGGCCCCUAACAAAGGCCAAGAAGGGUGGGUAUCUGGCCCAUCUCUAAUCUGUGGUUUUUCUCCCCUUCCUUCUUUAGCAAAGUCACUGAGGGUAUAAGCUCAGGUCUGCUAAUAUUUGAGUCUAGACUCUAGAAUUCUAAAAGCACAUGUAUGGCUUGCACUUGGCCCAGCAUGCCUGCUCACACUGAGUAGGGUGCACUCAAAAGCUGCAGGGCCAGUCUAGCUCCUACUGCUCUGUCCCCUUGAGCGGUUAGAAAGGGCUUUGUCUAGCUAUCUGUCUUGGAAGUUUUCCAAGCCCUGUGAUGACAAACCCAUUUUAAAUGACAAGCCAAUAAAGCCAUUUGCCUGUGACCCCGCACCUCGUUCUUUGUGGUUUUAAUGAUUAUCUGUUGACAACCUUUGCAAUGUUGUCCCACCAAAGUGCUUACCCUAAAAAAGGCUAAACCCUCCCAUGUCCCUGGCCACCUCUGUGUACUGCGGAAGCACCCAAGGGAGAAUGCUGGUGGUUUAGCCCCCAGCACAGCCGCCUAGUGUCUCCAGAUGACUUAAGGGUAUGCAAUGGCACAGAACCCCUCAGUAUUUUCACAUUCUCCAGACAGUUCCUUCCUAAAGGCCAGUUCCGCUCACUGCACAGCCAUACUACAAAGGGCUUCCUGCUUGUGAUCCUUGGUAAGAACUGAACUAACCAAGUUCUAGUUAGCUGGCAUGAAUACCACUGACAACGACAGCUGCUUGGGAUGGGUACUAGUUACUACUUUAUUCCUGGCAGGUAGACUGCACUUUAAAUAAAGGCUACCUCAGCCUCUAGCCAUUACUACUACUUUCUUUUCUACUAAUGAAGUUAAACACCCUGUUUUUUAAGCUGCUGGGCUGACCUGUCAGAUCCACCCUUAAUUUGGUUUUUAUGGUACCAGAGUUUGAUGCAAACAAGGAACCUCCCCUAGGAGGAUCAAAGGGCAGAUCAAACCCAAGGCUGGUCAGGGAAGUCAGCUAGCGGGACCAGGCUCCCCCAAAACAUUGCUGGCUAGUGGAUCAUAAUUUGCUCAAAGCACAGAGAGUCUACCUAUGCCCACUUUGACCACUGGCCAGGACAGACUUAAAACUGAUUCUUCCAACUAGCCCAAUUUAUAAACGGACCACAACUCCAGGGUGUUGUCUCUGUGCUGAGGUUCUAAUCACUGCUGGAGGGCUACUAUUUCGCUUGUGAUGGGAUAAAACUACUCAGCUCUUCCUUGUUACAAAUCUGCAGGGUGUUGCUUAACCUUCCCCCCUGUACAUUUGUCACUUUCAAUUAAAACUGAGCUGGUGUA